AUGGCCCAAAACGAUCUCAAUUCCGAUGGCAGUAAUGGUGAGUUUCGCUCGGCUGAUAAAGAAACGGAAAAAACCGUUGUUGACAACAAAUCUUCCCAGCAAAAGACAGAUAAUGACGACAACGUCACUACCGAAACAGGGCCAGAACUGAAGAAUGCGGUGACGGAAGCUAAUGGAGAUUCGAGCAAUACAGACGAAACGGAACGUCUCACGGAGGCACUGAAAAUGAUACAGGAUCAAAAGACUCAUGCUCUCUAUUGCCCAAACUGUACUCUUGACAUCACCAAAAAUGUUCAACUCUUAAAAGAAAUGGAAGCGCCUUAUCGGUACGACCAAAAGAUUUGGGUACUGUGGGUUCCUUUUGUUCUCCCCUUUUCAUUCAUGUGGAGAUGGUACGCUCGCAUUCGCCGAGGGCAAACUGCAAAUACCCCGUCUAAUCAAGCUACUAAGCCAGUCAAAACCCCUCCAUCUACUGGAACUACUGAUCCUCCUCAAGUCAUUGUUGUAUGGGCACUGCCUUCUUCUACGGGAGGAGGAAAUAAAAAACCACGCUUGCCCUCCUUGCCUUUGCCCAUACAUUUCCCGAUGAUCAAGUACCUUCCCGUAAUCUUGCUGUUUCUUCUCGCCAUUCUGAUUCUAGCCUGGCGGCUCAGGACAGGUCCAAUGCCAUCUAUUAUUACCAUUCUGAAGGUACAUAGUAUAGAUAUGUUGGGGAAAUAUAUGGUGGAUCCAUUUCAAAAACUCCCAUCAAUAAAACUAGACAUCUUGAAGAGUAUUGUGUACGGAGGUCUAAUCGAGUCAAUCACAAGCCUCGGUGUCGUAUCUUCCGCUGCUGGUUCCGGAGCUUCAACUCUCAACGUUUUGGCCUUGGGGCUAGCCAAUUUAUUCAGUGGUUUUCUUCUCAUCGGUCACAACUUAUGUGUGCUGCGAUGGAGACGACCAUAUCGAGGUGAGAACCAUGAUGAUAUGACAAAUCUGGCAGCAAAAAAUGAUGAAGCAGAGGAUCAUCAGUACGAGGUCCUGUUAGGAAAGAAAAAAUUUGCAUUGCUCCACUUUGUCGUUGUGUUGGUUUCCUUACUCAUCUUUGCUGUGAUCCCUCCUCUCUUGUACGGAUUCUCUUACAAAAUAAUCGACAGAGAACACUCUAAAGCUGCGGUUGUUUUCGCUGUAUCUCUGGUCUGCGUCAUCUCUCUCUCCUUUGCCAAAUCGUACGCUUUCACCAUGCAUAAACUCAAGACCGUCGCUGAAUAUACCGGAAUAGCGAUUGUGGCAUCUGCGCUUUCUUUCCUUGCCGGUCAAUACUUCAUCCAUGUGUUUGGAAAGCUUGACUUGCAUUAG